GUGCAAUAAGAGGCUAAUUGACUUCUUUUUGGUUGUAGAGGUAAAGGAACAAGAGGUGAACGGUGGGAAGGUGCAACCAUGGAGGGCCUUGUCUGAGGUGGAUUCAUCAUAGUACUCCUAACUGACAUCUGAAUCAGCAUCACAUCUGAGUAGUAGCAGUCAUGACUGAGAGGGCAAACUUCGGAGCUCAGAGGGUCUCACGGCCACAGGGCUCACUCCCGCCAGAACCUAUCGACAUUAUCCGGACAAAAGCCAGAUCCAGAAGAGUCCGGAUCAAUGUGGGAGGGCUGGUCCAUGAGGUGCUAUGGAGAACCCUGGACCGACUGCCACGAACCCGUCUGGGGAAACUCAGAGACUGCAAUACCCAUGAAACCUUAAUGGAGAUCUGCGACGACUACAGUCUAAAUGAUAAUGAGUAUUUCUUUGACAGGCACCCAGGUGCCUUUUCCUCCAUUUUAAACUUUUACCGGACUGGCAAGCUACACAUGAUGGAAGAGAUGUGCGCUCUGUCCUUUGGUCAGGAGCUUGACUACUGGGGGAUCGAUGAGAUCUAUCUGGAGUCGUGUUGCCAGGCACGGUACCAUCAGAAGAAAGAGCAGAUGAAUGAAGAGCUGCGGAGAGAGGCUGAAAGUCUCAGGGAGAAGGAAGGAGAUCAGGUGGAAACGGGCUGCUGUCCAGAUAAAAGACAGAAGCUCUGGGAUUUGCUGGAGAAACCCAGCUCUUCUGUAGCAGCCAAGAUUCUGGCCAUAAUAUCAAUUCUGUUCAUCAUCCUUUCAACCAUUGCACUGUCACUGAACACCCUGCCUGAGUUACAAGUGAUUGAUGAAUUCGGCCAAUCCAACGACAACCCCAACCUGGCCCACGUUGAAGCCAUUUGUAUCGCCUGGUUCACUAUGGAGUACCUUCUCCGCUUUUUGUCUUCUCCCAACAAGUGGAAGUUUUUCAAAGGGCCACUCAAUGUCAUUGAUCUGCUGGCUAUCCUUCCUUAUUAUGUCACAAUCUUCCUCACAGAAUCCAACAAGAGUGUCCUCCAGUUCCAGAAUGUGCGCAGGGUAGUUCAGAUCUUCCGGAUCAUGAGAAUCCUGAGAAUUCUGAAACUCGCGAGACACUCGACUGGUCUCCAGUCUCUUGGGUUCACGCUGAGAAGAAGCUACAAUGAACUCGGACUGCUGAUAUUGUUUUUAGCCAUGGGCAUCAUGAUCUUCUCCAGUCUGGUGUUCUUUGCUGAGAAAGAUGAAGAUGCUACCAAAUUCACCAGUAUUCCCGCUUCAUUCUGGUGGGCAACAAUUACUAUGACAACUGUAGGUUAUGGAGAUAUCUAUCCCCAAACCCUUCUGGGAAAAAUAGUGGGGGGUCUCUGUUGCAUUGCUGGGGUGUUAGUGAUUGCUUUGCCCAUUCCCAUUAUUGUGAACAACUUUUCUGAGUUCUACAAAGAACAGAAACGACAAGAAAAGGCUAUCAAACGAAGAGAAGCGCUUGAGAGGGCCAAGAGGAACGGGAGCAUUGUGUCGAUGAACUUGAAAGAUGCCUUCGCUCGCAAUAUGGAACUAUUGGAUGUCGUGAUAGAAAAGAAUGAGGACAAGGGCACAGACAAUCAUCUUUCACCCAGUCGCUGGAACUAUCAGAAGAACCCAGACUCUGACUCAGGUUCCAAAGGGUUCGAUGCAAAAUAUCAAGAAAUAGGUCAGCUGGCUUCUCCUGAACGAUUAUUCAAACCUACUUCAAGCCCUCAACGUCUGAAUGCAAAAUCCCUCGAGCAAAUGUACAACCAGAUGACGGCCACCUCAUCCAUGAGCAGCAGUGGACCUUCGGCUUCCAAAGCGAGCACUAUCGUAAAAGAAGAAGAGAUGGAGAUGAAGGUAGUGCAGUGCGAACCACGGCACAAAGAGAGACCCAUCACUGAGAUAAGAAGCCUGUCCAGCGUUGACAGUUUUGCCAGCUGUGCCACAGACAUCAGUGAGGUAGAGAGAAGCGCGCUACUGCCAAAUUUCACAGGAACACAGACAAGGCAUCCACGCGCUCCUCCACCGCUCGACCUCAGCCAGAUCACCUCCCUGGAGAAACGGGCUCCCGAGAAAGCAAAGCAGCCCACGAUCAUCAAAGAGGGCCUCUACGAGUUUGUUCAAUGCAAGUCAGGCAGCAGCACCAUGUCGCAGGGCGAAGAGAACCAAAGCUUUGAUCCGAGCGGUGAAAACGUAAGGAGCCCUCCACGAGGAAACCAAGUCAAAGUCAAGGGACUCAAAGUGAACUUCACUGAAUCUGUAGACGAGGGGGUUUCCAACUUGCACUUGGUCGUGACGGAUGACGCGGCCACACUGACACCAAAGCUACCGGUAUCCGAUCCAAUACUGCUGUUGGGUUCUCCUCGGCACAGUCCCAGAUCCCCAGGGAAAGGCUUUGAAGAGGACGGAGCCACAAGCUCUCCUGGGUUCAGUCUGUCAUCUUCGGAUACCCAAAGAGAGAGAAACCACAUCGAUAGAGUUGCCGUUACUCCCACCUCGCCUAAAAGUGCACAAAACUGUGCUUCUGCCACGGUUGGUGCCAUUGCUGCAGAAGACAACAUUCAAAGUGGACAGAAGGUAGACAACCACCUCCUUUCACCUGAUAUUCUCAAGUCUUCGGGGGAGGGAGGUCGCUCACCACCGUGUGAAACUAGCAUGUGAUGCGAUGGGUUGCAUUGACAUGUUCA